AUUUUUUGCAGAUAUCUUUUUGAUCAUGGACAGUCAAAAUAGAGUGAAUAAAGAGGGAAGACGCUGAUAUCAUGCUGAUUCCUUUACAAAUAGCCGACAUUGAAAGUAUCUCAGCUUCAAUGAAGCUAUAUGUCGAAUAGGAAGAAAUAAAAUCAAGUUAUUUAAACUAUUUGAAAUUAAUAGAUAACAAAUGUUUUAAUUAUUAAUUUAUUUAAAAGCUCUGCUGAUUAUAAAAUUCAAGACUGGUAAUUUAUUGCACAUGAGAAAUGACAUCAAUUUCAGUGAAUAGCAUGCUUCUUGGUUAGGAAAACGUAGUUAAAAAUAUAAAAUAAUUUUAUCAAGAAAAAUUCUAUCUAAUUAUCAUGGAAAUUAUCAUUGGACGUUCUACAAAUUUCACCGGAAUAUUCCUUAGAUCUUUUUCUGUUUUACAAAAAACAAAAACUCUAACAAAUUUGAGAUGUUUAUGUCCAUAUGAUCAUAAGAAAUGGAAUUUUACCUUUUCUGAAACAAAACUACAACAUAGAACAUUGACAAAAUGCUUUUUACCAAGACCCAGUUCUCUACAAAGUAUUGCGAAUACGAGACAUGUAUCAGUUAAUAAAUAUUUACUUGUAAAAUUUUCUAGUAAAACAGAAAAUGAAACUAAACAUGAGCCAACUAUAACAUCUUCGAAAUUAAAUGUUUUUCAAAAAAUGAAACAAUUAGCCAAAGAUUACUGGCACAUUUUAAUUCCUGUUCACAUUUUGACUUCAACGUGUUGGGUCUCGAUUUUUUAUGUGGCAGCCAUAAAUGGAGUUGAUGUCAUAGGACUAAUGGAAUACAUACACAUGCCCGAAAAAUACAUAGACAUGAUUAAAAAUUCAGGUGCUGGUCACUGGGCAGUUGUCUACGCUUUGUACAAAAUAUUUACUCCAAUAAGAUAUACAGUUACUGUUGGAGGAACAACGAUGACAAUUAAGUAUCUUGAUGAAAAAGGAUACAUGAAGUUCAAAUUACCUUCAUCAAAGACAAUGUCGUCAACAAAAUCCAGUGCCACUUCAGAAAAAACAAGUGACACAUCUAUGUCAACAAGUGGGAAACAACAAAGUGAGAAUUAGUGGCAAAAUGUAAAAUACGUGCAAGUCAAAACAUAUAUGAGAUGAUGGAUUUUAAAAACUGUCAAGAAUUAAUAAAAAUGAAUGAAAGUUUUUCAAUAAAUAAAACUGUUAAAAGGUUUUUUCCCUUUGUUAGAAUAAUAAAAAUAAUUAAACAUUAUUGACGUUACGAAUUGUAAAAAAUUUAUGUUAAUCAAUAAA